ACCCUUUAACCAAAUUUCAAAAACAAUAAAAAAAAGAAAAGAAAAGAAAAGAAAAGAAAAGAAAAUACAUAAUUUAACAAGAAAUCAAAACACACCCACUUUUUAAUAAUCUCUUAUUUUACUUGCAGAGAGUGAGAGAGUGAGUGAGUUCAUUUUGAUAGCAGCUAAGCUAAGUUGAAAAACGACAGAGCUAUCAUCUCAUCUAUCAUAUAAUGCAUUUUCUUGAGUGAGGUUGGCUGAGUUUAUACAAAAGAAAGAAAACAAAAAUCAAAGAAAAUGCUCUGCAGAAAGAAAUUUAUUUCUGAUGAAGAUUCAAGAGGAUCUGUUCCUGUUUAUCUUAAUGUUUAUGAUCUCACACCCAUGAAUGGCUACGCUUAUUGGCUUGGUCUUGGAGUCUAUCAUUCUGGGGUACAAGUUCACGGAAUUGAGUAUGCGUUUGGGGCACACGAAUACCCAACAACAGGAAUUUUCGAAGGAGAACCAAAGCAGUGCGAUGGAUUUACAUUUAGAAAAACAAUUUUGAUCGGAAAAACAGAAAUAGGUCCUGCAGAAGUGAGGGCAGUAAUGGAGGAACUUGCAGAGAAAUACAGAGGAAAUGCUUAUAAUUUGAUCACUAAGAACUGCAACCAUUUCUGCAAUGAUGCUUGCAUUAGACUCACUGGUAAUCCAAUCCCUAGCUGGGUUAAUCGACUUGCCAGAAUUGGAUUUCUAUGCAAUUGUGUUCUUCCUGCAAAUUUAAAUUCAACAAAAGUUCAGCAUCAUAAAAUAGAAGAGAAGGUUGAUGAAACAGAGAAGAAAAAAUUAACAAGUGAAUCAAAAAGAUUUUCAUCUUCUUCUAAUUCAUCAUCUCCUUCUGGAAAUCAAAUUCGAGGUAGGAGUAGAAGCAGAAGGGCUAUUCCACCAUCUUCUCCUUUGAUUUCUUCAUCCCCUUGAUGAUCAUAUUUGAUUUUUUUUUCCCUUUUUAAUUCUUGAAAUUUUCCAAGGCAAUGAAGAAAAUUCUUAUUUAUAAUUAUUUUUUUUUGGGUUUCAUUCUUUUGAGUUGGAGUUCUAUGGUGCUAACAUCUUCUUUGAGUUAUUGUCUGUGCAAUAUUUAUCAAAGUUGACCUCAUUUGAUUGUUUUCUUUUGCUAUUGACAAGUUUGUAUUGCCUGGAGAAAUGAAAUUCAGCAUGAAAUGUAAAAGCCCCACUACAUUUCCUUUUAGCUUGUUUUACCUAUUUCAAAUAGAACAAGAUAUUCAUAUAUUAUAAAAAAAUUACAUUUUAAUCCCUAUACUUUGAUGAAAUGUAAAAUUACAUUUUUUUCCCAAAGAGAAAAAAAAAAGAGAAUUUGCAAAGAAUCUGACCAAAGAUUGGAUACCAUUUCGGUGAAAGGACUGAAAAUAUUUAUAAAGUGCUCAAGUGAGAGAAAGG